GACGCAGGCAUGGCCGCCAAGGUUCUCCUGCUCGCCCUGGCCGCGGCGGCGGCUCUGGCCGCGGCCGCCGGCGACCCGGAGGCGGACCCCGCCCCCGGCGGCGGCGGCGGCGAGACCCAGAGGAGCCCGCGCGACGACCAGCUGUCCUGCGCCUGCCUGCAGCCCGACACGGACGCCGUGUGCACCCUCAAGUGCGCGCUGCAGGCGGACGCCGAGAGCGGCGGCGGCGGCAGCUCGGAGGAGUGGAGCGGGGGCGGCGUGGAGACGCGGCAGGUGCCGGUGGCGUGCCUCCCGCCGCCGCCGCAGCAGCAGCAGCAGCAGCAGGUGUCGGUGUCCGUCGGCGGUCUUCAGCAGCUGCCCCGGAGGAGCUUCCUGCCCGUCGCGCCGUGGUACCUACCGCCGAGCCCGGUCCGCCCCUGGCCGCACUUCCCCUGCCGCCCCGCGCUCUUCUGGCCCAGGACGUUCCUGCCACCGCCUCUGUUCCUCCGGCCCUUCCUGCCGCCCCCGUGCUGCCCCAGACUCUGCGCGCCGCCUCCUGGCUUCUGCUGCGGCCUCUACCCGCGGCCCGUGCUCUGCUAGCGCAGCCUCUGCCGCCCCGCGGUCUGCUGGCCCAGGACGUUCCUCCCGCCGCCUCUGUUCCUCCGGCCUUUCCUGCCGCCCCCGUGCUGCCCCAGACUCUGCGCGCCGCCUCCUGGCUUCUGCUGCGGCCUCUACCCGCGGCCGGUGCUCUGCUAGCGCAGCCUCUGCCGCCCCGCGGUCUGCUGGCCCAGGACGUUCCUCCCGCCGCCUCUGUUCCUCCGGCCUUUCCUGCCGCCCCCGUGCUGCCCCAGACUCUGCGCGCCGCCUCCCGGCUUCUGCUGCGGCCUCUACCCGCGGCCGCUGCUCUGCUAGCGCAGCCUCUGCCGCCUGCUCGCGGGCCGAACCUCCAGCUCCCGUCGCGGCGUCGAACUAAAUGAUAGACCGUACGUCACAAUAUCGGUGAUAUAAUUAAGGCACCCCUUCGAAGACGGGCUGACGUGAGAGAUGUUCUGCACAGAAAAAGUGAAUCAAGGUGAUUUUUCACUUCAUCGCCAAAACUUUGUAAUAUAACUUUGUGCAAAGGAACAAAAGUGGUAAAUGUAUAAUAUUUAUUUAUUAUAAACAAUGAGACUAUUCGUUUACACGUGUAUCCAUGUUUUGAUAACUCAUGUGUUUUAAGCCAACUUGUGUUGGUACGUUAAACUGUGAAACACACUGUGUUUUUGUUGUUAAUAUGUAAUUGUGAUACCAUAUAAUUUGUUAUUAAACUAACAUUAUAAUAUG